CCUAUAAACCACAUUAUUCAUACUGAAUUGUGGUUAAAAACAGUAUUAACAGCAAAUGAAAGUGAAAUUAAAAUUGAAAAUAAAAGCGAAGAUAAAAGUGAUUAUAACUCAAGUGAUGGUAUUUACAAACAACUAUUCAUUGAGAUGUCAACCUUAGGUUCGGGUGGUUUUGGGACAGUAUUUAAAGUAAAGCAUAGAUUGGAUGAUAAGACAUAUGCCGUUAAAAGAGUACAAUUUGGGGUUCUGUUUGCAAAGUCUUAAAUCCUUUCUCACAGACAAAGCCGUUGUCUUCGAGAGACAAACCGAAGACUUGAUGAAUAUCUUUGAAUACUUUAUUUCGUGUGAAAUAUUGAAAGAGCUCUUAGAAUGCGUUCAAUAUCUCCACGAAUCCAAUCCACCGGUCAUUCAUCGAGAUCUCAAACCCGACAAUAUAUUGAUUGAUCCGAUCUAUUCAUCCAAUCGUAUCGUAAAACUGUGUGACUUUGGUUUGGCCAUCGAUCACAACACCGAUGGACACACUGCCAGCCGAUACGAGCACACAUUUUGUGGUGCGUUGGGAUAUAUGGCACCCGAAGUGCUUUUGGGCAAACAAUAUGACCACAAAUCAGACAUUUAUAGCCUCUAUGUUAUCGGCGAACAGUUGUUUGGUAUUGAUCUUCAGGCGUAA